AUGCACCAUUUAUGGAAAAUUGAUAAUAUGCUAGGGAGGACUUUGAAAGUGGACAAGACUUCAUUAAGAAGGGUAGAAGGAGUGGAAGGAGAGAUAACGGACAAAGCCAUAUUUGCAAGAAUCUGUGUGGAAGUAGACCUACGACGAAGCUUUGUGUCACGUAUCAAGUUCUGGGACUUUUUGCAAAAUGAAUUCGUAUUUCUAAACGUUGGGUACGAAGGACUGCAUCUGAUUUGUUUUGCUUGUGGUAGAUAUGGCCACAAGAAGGAUGCAUGCAAUGGAGGACUGGAAUAUGUUAAAGAAUCUGUUACCACUCAUGCUCAUAAAAGCUCAGAGCAACCAGAGAAUUUAGAUGCUGGUACGGCAGCUGGAGCGAAAGGAGACGCGAAUGCUUUCAUGGAGGAGGGCAGAAAGGUAGAAGAAGAAUAUGCCUUUGGAGAAUGGAUGGUGGUCAAGAGAAAUGGUAGAAAACUAGCUGCACCCAUGGAGAAAACCGAGAGAAAGGAGAGAAAGGAAAAUGGAGCUGCGCAGCAUGGGAGUAGGCCCCAGGGUGUAGGGGUGCAGAGGAAAUAUGGUAACAUAAAAGAUCCUAAGUUGACCCUGGGAGAGAAAAGUAGCCACUUACUCCAGAAAGGCAAAUCCUCGGAUGAUGCUAAGCUCAGGCAAGGGGAUCCACCUCUGGCCAUGCAAAAAGUAGAACAAAAGGGCCAUAUACCAAUGCAAACUGAGGAAAAGAAUUGUGAGGAGAUGGUAGGGAAAAUGGGGCCCAAGGAAGCUUUCAUGCAAAUAGGUAAUACACAUGCGGCUGGGCCUUCAGUCCACGUGUCGGGUGACGUCAGCAUAAGCUUGGAGGAACGGACACCUGUUCCCACAAAGAAUAGUGUUAAUGUUGCUGAGUUAGAAAGGGCUCAUAGGGGUGCAAAGAAAAAAGGCUUUUAUCUUCUCAUUAGAGACAUGAUAAAGAAAUAUGAUAUUAAGGUUCUUGUCCUUACGGAAGUACGUAUAAGUGGUUUGGCUGCUGAUAGAAAAAUUAAACAAAUUGGGUUUUCUGAUCACCUUAAGCAAGAUGCUAACGGGUUUUCAGGGGGCAUCUGGGUCAUGUGGAAUAAGGAGGAAGUGAAGAUUUCGUUAUUAGCUACUCAUGUUCAACUUAUUCACGUUAACCUUACGUGGGUUGUGAAUAAUAGGGAGGAGGUGGCUACCUUCGUUUAUGGUAGCCCUAGGAGAACUGGGAGACGUCUUCUCUGGGAUGAAUUAAAAAAAAUCAGACUUGGUGUUGACAAACCGUGGAUCGCGUUGGGGGACUUUAAUGCCAUGAGCCAUCAUCAUGAGAAGCAAGGAGGCAACGACGCUUGUCAGGGAAGCAUGAAUGAAUUCAAUGACUACCUCGCGAGCUGCGGUCUAUCUGAUAUCGGGUUUAAAGGGCCUUCCUUCACUUGGAAGCAUGGCAGACUCUUAGAGCGGUUGGACCGGGCGGUUUCUGAUAUGAACUGGGUCAUCUCAUUCCCCCAGAGGUGUUGGCUUCAUGAGACUACCUGGGAGGUGGGGAGCAGUAAUUUCCAGCAAGAGGCCACUUCGUGGCAUGAAACCACCUUCAGAGAAACCGUGCAUCGCAAACAUAGGUUGCUGGCCCGUCUUCAGGGUAUCGACGCAGAGCUUAAUACGAGUCACAAUAGCGCUCUUGAGGGUCUCUAUAAUAGCAUGUGGUCUAAAUUUAAUAAUAUUUAUAUUCAAGAAGAGAUCACUUGGUUCCAGCAAUCCAGAUGUAAGUGGAUUAUGGAUGGAGACCGGAACACCAAGUUCUAUCACGCGUCGACUGUGGCUAGAAGGAGGAACAACAAAAUUCUGGCUUUAAAGGAUGAGGAGGACAGGUGGAUUACUCACCCUGAUGAUCUCAAAGCUAUGGUCACAAGGUACUUUGAGAGGCUUUAUACGGAUAAAGAAGUGCAACUGACCACUUUUCCUCUUAGAGAGCUUUUUCCAAAAGUUCCUAGUGUUUCCUUUGGCCUUUUGCACCGAAUCCCAUCGAUGGAAGAAAUAAGGAGCGUGUUUUUCAGUAUGAAUGGGUUCAAGGCACCUGGCCCAGACGGGCUCCAUUCGAUUUUCUUCCAAUCUCAGUGGUCUAUCGUGGGGAAGUCAGUUACAACGCUGGUGCAAGAUAUUUUUCAAAACCCGCAUCUCAUAAGACAGUUGAAUAAGUCCCUUAUCUUCCUUAUACCUAAGGGAGAUAACCCCGACUCUAUCAAGCAACUCUGCCUCAUUAGCCUUUGCAAUGUGGCUUUCAAGGCUAUUUCCAAGAUUAUGGCUAAUAGGCUGAGACCGCACAUGGAUGCCCUUAUCAUGCCUAAUCAGUGUAGCUUUAUAAAAGGAAGGCAUAGCAACGAUAACAUCAUCAUAGCUCAAGAGAUUUUCCAUUCAAUGAGGCUUAAAAAAGGAAAGGUGGGGUGGAUGGCGAUUAAGGUGGACUUGAAAAAAGUUUACGAUAGAGUCAAUUGGCGGUUCCUCCACCAGACUCUCGAGGAAGCUGGGAUUCAAGGUAAAGCUAUCGACCUCAUCAUGAAGGGGGUCACCUCAGCAUCCAUGAGUGUCCUGUGGGAAGGCCACAAUACGAAUAAGUUCACAACGAGCAGGGGAAUCAGGCAGGGUGACCCAUUGUCGCCCUACUUGUUUGUUUUUUUGUAUAGAAAGGUUAGCCCAUUUGAUUCUGGAAGCUACCACUUUGAAGAGGUGGAAACCGGCGAAGUUAAGGAGGAAUGGUCCCCCAUAACCCAUUUGUUCUUUGUCGAUGAUCUACUACUUUUCGCGGAGGCUUCUAUCGACCAGGCCAAGCUCAUCACAGACAUUUUGAGGUGCUUUGGGGACUCUUCUGGUCAGAAAAUCAGUAAAGAAAAGACAAGGAUUUGUUUCUCCAGGAAUGUUAGUCAUCUGAAAGCUAGGGAGAUUGCGCAAACCUUGGACUUCGUUGUUGCUUCGGACAUGGGAAAGUACCUUGGGAUACCUCUUUUUAAUGAAAGAGUGGGACCAUCAUACUUUAAUCAUAUCCUUGGUAGGAUCGAUAAGAGGCUUAGCAGUUGGAAGGAAAAUUUCCUUUCAUUUGCGGGAAGGUCAACUUUGAUCCAAUCCGCCAUUUCAACCUUACCUUCCUACACAUACAAACGUGCUUGCUGCCUGAGAGCACUUGUACCAGUAUUGAACGCAAAGCAAGAGACUUCCUAUGAGGAUCUACCCCUAGCAAAAGGAGAGUUCAUUUGA